CAAUUGGCAAAUCAAUCGGCAAAAUAAUUCUCACCACAAUCAAUUAUGUUAAUUCAAUAACUAACAAAAAAAAUGAAAAACAAUUAAAACCUUUACGAUUAAAGUAAAUCAAUAUGAAGAUUUAUUUAAUUGUGUUACAAAUCACAUUCAUCAAUCAAGCAAUUAGUGAUUCUCUUAAUUGUGACUUUAAUCUGAACGAUUGUACUUGGUAUCCAAUCGGACAAACAUCAAUCAAUUGGCAUUGGACUGGACAGAGAUCAGCUGAUUCUCAUGGUGGUUAUCUCGAGGUUCCUAAUGAAAGUCCGAGUAUUGGUCAGUAUUCAUCAUCAUCUUCAUCAUCAACUAAUCAACUAAUUAGUGGAUCGAUUCGUAACCUUUGGUACAUUCCGAGAUCAGGUUGUUUCUCAUUCUCGUAUCGAUUUUAUUUCAUUCAAAAUGGUUGGUUGAACUUGACACUUACUCCAAUUGUGGGUGACUCUGUAUUACUUUACUCAAUUAAAGAUGGCCGAUCAUUGGACUGGUCAAGAGUUUCGGUUGAUAUUGGUAAUAGUCCAGAGUUUUAUCUUGUCUUUUCAUUUUCAUUGGAAACUUCAUCUUCUAAUGAUAAUAGUAAAUCAACUGAUUGGAUAAUUUCAUUGGAUGAUUUUAACUUUAUCAGUGGUGUUCAAUGUUCAGAUUUCAACCUGUGUGAUUUUGAAACUGGUUCAUGUCACUGGAAAUUGUCAGGGUGGCAAAGGGUCACCGCUGGUCAGUCAAUUCCAGUUGAUCAUACAACUUCAAGUUCAUCUGGUCAUUUCAUUGAACCCAAAGUUUUCGGAUCAACAAGUAGUCUUUCAUUGGCCCCACUUCCGUCCAAUAUUCUGGAAGGAUGCUUAGCAUUUUGGACCAACAUUGACCUGAAAAGGUCAAUGCCACAACUUUAUGUCCGACAAGAUUCAGGCAAUCGUUGGAAAGUUGAUCUAAAUGGACCAAUGGUCAACAACAACAAUGACCCAUCCUCCUCAUGGCAAUAUCAUCAGAUAACAGUUUCGCUUAAAUCACUCAUCUCAAUUGAAACAAUCGCUUCCAGCUCAUCACAAUUAGCAAUAGAUGAUUUAAUUUUGUAUAAUCAAUCGUGUCCAUCUAUUGGGUCGUGUGAUUUUUCAUAUGAUUUCUGUGGAUGGGUCAACUCAGGUAAAUUACCUUGGCGACGUCAAAUUGGCCUUUUAUCUUCUCUAUCAGUUAGUGGAUCAUUUCCAACAAUUAAGGAAUCAUUUGAUCGUCAACGUUGGUAUGUUAUUUCUGAUCAGAAUCGAGCCAAAGGUCAGGCCAUAUUUGAAAGUAGACCAAUGGUCAUUUCGUCAUUGAUUUGCUUUGGUUUCUCAUAUUUUUAUACUUCAACUAAUUUCCAACGAAAUGAAAAUUUAUUGAUUAAUUUAAAUGAUGUUAGCGGUAAAUUAAUUAAUCACAAAUUAACCACUCAAGUUGAUAAAAUUCCGUUGGAAUCAACGUCCUCACUUAAUUGGAUCAAAUUUGAGAGGACAAUUAACGUAAAAUCUAAUGAUUGGGUAACAAUUUCACUGACCACUGACCAGCAAUCACAUUCAUCAAUUGUAUUGGUUGAUGAUAUAGAAAUUAAAUCAGAUAAAUGUUCAAAUGAAUCUCCAAGCAAUCAACUAAUUACUACAACAUCAAUUCCAACCACGACGAUGGAAACUGAUUGUUGUGUAUCAGAACCUUGUAUUUGCGUUAAUUCAGGUGAAAUGUCAACAAUUAAUCACAAUUACGAGACAACCACUCCAUCAUUUUUUGAACAAUCAGUGGUCCCAGCAAUUAGUGAAUCAACUUCCACUACCAUUGAUUUAAUAUCAACAAAACUUAACAAUCAACAAACAACAGCUUCUGCCAUUGAUUAUCAAUCAACUACUGAAAUCUACAAUGAUUUAGAAACUAAAUCAACUACUGAUUUAAUUUUUUCCUCCACAAUAACAACUGAAUCAACUAGUGAAUCUGAAAACGAUAAGAAACUUAAUUUAAUAACAACAUUUACCAGUUCAACAAAAGAUCAAUCAACUACUAUCACAAUUAACACUAAUCAACAAAUAUCAUCAACCCCACUGAACACAAUUAAACCUGAUACAUUAACUGCUAACUCAAUUACACCGGUGACUUCAUCUCCAAUUGAUUCAGUAUCAACAGUUAACUUUGAACAAUUAACUGAAACUGAUAAAGUUACUGAUGAAAAUAGUGUAACUGAAUUAACUAUUAAUACAAUUACCGAGGCAAUUGAUCAAAUUAUCAACCAAACAGAAGCCAAUAAUUUAAUCAGUGAAAAUACAACAAUCAACUCGUCAAAUUCAAAUGAAAGAUUAAUAAUUGGUAAUUUAGGGAACAAUUUAAUUUCAAUAGUUAACUUAGUUUUUGAUGAGAAACCAUUAAUUGCUUCAAUUAGUGGAAUCGUUGGUUUAAUUUUCCUUAUUUUUGGUAUAAUUGUAUUAACUGCAAGUUGGAAAAAAUCAACAACAAGCCAGCAACAAUCAACUAAUCGACAAACAAUUAACAUAAAUCAAGAUGAGAUGGAAUUACAAACAAUCACAUUCAGAAGGCGAACAAUUAAUUCAAAUGUUUUAAAACUUUUAUCGCAACAAGAACAAGAUCAAUCUAAUUCAUUAAUAACUUUUUUAACUGUUCUAUCAACCGAAUUAUUAAAGAUGAUGAGUCAAAAUAUUAAAGUCUAUGUUCGUUGUAGACCUUUAAAGGAAAGUGAAAUUCGGAAUGACACCUUAACGGUUAAGAGGGAAAAGAAAGAGGUCAUUUUGAAAGACAAGACCUUUGUUUAUGAUAAUAUAUUCACCGAAGAAUCAACUCAAAUUGAAAUUUAUCGAUCAGUCCUGGCUCCCCUGAUUGAUCAAGUUCUCGAUGGUUAUAAUUGUACAGUUUUCGCCUAUGGUCAAACUGGAACCGGUAAAACAUUUACCAUGGAGGGAAAACAUACUUUAAACUGUAGUGAUUGGCAAAGUGAUCCAUUGGCUGGACUUGUACCUCGAUCUUUUUGUCAACUUUUCGAGUGUCUUGAAGGACGUGAUUGUACCAUAAAGGUAUCAUUUCUUGAGCUUUACAAUGAGGAAUUAUAUGACCUGCUGGCGGCUUCAGAUGACAUUGUUAAACUGAAAAUGUUUGACGAUAUAAAUAAGAAAGGAUCUGUGAUUGUCUGUAAUCUAGAAGAAACUGUGAUCACAAGUAAAGAUGAGGUUUAUAAAUUGUUACAAAAAGGAUCAGCUAAACGUCAAACAGCAGCCACUCUGUUAAAUGCUUGUUCCUCACGAAGUCAUACCAUUUUCACGAUUACAGUUUAUGUUACCGAUGAAACGGCCAAUGGAGAUGAAAUGGUUCGCAUUGGUAAAUUGAAUCUUGUCGAUUUAGCUGGAAGUGAAAGUCUCUCCCGUUCUGGAGCUGUUGAUAGAAGAGCAAGAGAAGCAACUUGUAUCAAUCAAAGUCUUCUAUCACUUGGAAGAGUAAUCAAUUGUUUAGUUAAUAAGUCAACUGCUCACAUACCUUAUAGAGAAUCAAAGCUUACACGUCUUCUUCAAGAUUCUCUUGGUGGUAAAACGAGAACCUCAAUUGUUGCCACCAUUUCACCAUCGAUAGAUGAUUGUGAAGAUACUGCAUCUACCCUGGAAUAUGCUCAAAGAGCAAAACGAAUCACCAAUAAGCCCGAGGCAAAUAAAAGGAUCAAUAAGAAGGCAUUUUUACGUGACUAUGCUGAAAAAAUUUCUAAAUUACAAAAAGAUUUGAGAAAUUGUAUCAACAAAGAAGGAAUUUAUUUAGAUGGUGACGAUUACAAUACGAUGAUUGACAAAGUCGCUAAACACGAUAAAAUGAUUGAGGAAAUUCACGGUCAAAUUGCUGCUCAAAUUCAAGAGAUGGAAAGAGUUAAUAAAGAUCUUCAGGGAACGAAGAGAAUCCUUAAGGAGAAGGAAGAAGAAUUGGAAAAUAAAACGAAAAAAAUGCAGAGAAUUUUAUCUUUUGCUGAGAAUUCAUCUAAAGAUGCAACCAUUUUGUUCAAAAAAGUGUCCAAAUUAAAGAACAACGAAGCAAAUAACAAGAAAGUAAUCGAACAACUUCAAUCGAACCUCGAUAUUCAAGAUCAAAAUUUCGAUCGGAUGGUCGAAUGUAGAAUGGAAGAGCUUCAAGAUCGAAUCGAAAACAAUGCCAAGCAAUUGCGAGAUAAAUUAACAACAUUCACGGAAAGAUUUGCAACCAGUCGAAGUUGGAUAUUUGCUUCUCGAUGAAUUUCGUAAACAAGUGGAAUCAAGAUUGAAUGAAGAACAAGAGAUGAUUAACACAUUCGCCGUGGAAGUCGAUGAAUAUUCAAGUCAAUGUCAUUCCAUGUUAAACAAUAUGCGAAGUGAAUUUCGU